UACUUCUAGAUGAGAAUAACACCUUUCCACUGUUAAAUUGUGUUUUUGUUUUAUUAGAAGGACAUAAUCUACGAGAUCCACAAGUCUUUAUGGAAAAAUAAGGCCAUUGAGAAGCCAUGCAAACCCAUAAUUGCCUCAGAUACUGUUGAUGAAACAACUUUGAUUUUGACUGAAAGUGAAACUAUUUUGUGAAAUCAACUCUUCUCUAUAAUUAUUUUUUUUAUUAAUCCCUUACAUCUCAUUUCCAGUUUGACUGCCCUGAACAUGCUACACUAGCCGUGGAUCUCCCUAACGCUAUUGAAUAUGACGACACUUUUCUAACACUGGAGCAGAUCUUUCAAGAAGUACCAAAACGUACAACAAACACGGUGAAGAUUUCACAUUUGCCUGAAGGGUUUGAAGCGGUAAGAUUUCAAUGACAUGUUCUUAUUUUCCUCGUGUAAGUUAAAUCAAGCAAACUACUCUACAUUAUUUUCUUACUUCAGAGAGACGUGGUCUAUGAGAUACAUAAGGCAUUGUGGAAGCACACCAACAUCGAGAAGCCAUGCAAACCCAUAAUUGCCUCAGAUACUGUUGAUGAAACAACUUUGAUUUUGACUUUUGACUGCCCUGAACAUGCUACACUAGCUGUGGAUCUCCCUAACGCUAUUGAAUAUGACGACACUUUUCUAACACUUGAACAUAUCUAUCAUGAAGAUGCACCAAUAACACCUACUCCUGUAUUAGAUAUUGAUGAAAUGAAUGGAGGCCACAGUUCAUGGAGUGGAAUGCCUGAGGAAUCGGUAGUGGAGGAGACUACUGUGGAUAAAUCUCAGGAAAAAGAGUCAUUAGGUAUGUCUUUGUAUUCUCUUGGUGUAUUGCUGUAUGCCCAUGCCUGAAAACUAUUAGUAAUAUUACGCAUGAUUUUCUUUACAGCAACUGUAUUGUGGGAUGACAAGGGAUAUCCUGCUAUUCCAGCUGGAAUCGUGGCAAGGACUGAUUGGCCAACAUUUGAAACCCUGAAAUUAAUUGGUGAGGCAAUGCUGAAUUUCAAAGACAAUCUGACGCACAGAAAUACUCACUGUCAGAAGAAAGGGUAUGUUGCACUAGGAAAAUUCAUGUACGAACGAAGAUUGUAUUACACAGCUAGAAAUAUGAAGGGUAGAAUAAAAGGCCUGGUUACUACAUAUGAGAGUGAUUCAGCAGACCCUUCCUGGGAGUACAGGGAGCUUAUUGCCAUGUAUCUUGGUGAGAAACCUUUCGAUGCCUCAGUGCUCACUGAUAUGUUGGCUAAGUAUAAGCCGACAAGUGCACCUAAAAGAAGAAGCCUAGUUGAACAAAAUAAAAUAGCCUGUGGAGUGUGGAGUUGUAAUUCUGGCAAACUGCAAAUCAGAAGAGCUUCCUCACCUGUUUGAUGAUAAGAAUACCUUCAUGCUUAUUGCAUCAUAUCAUGCAUUUAAAAGUUUAUUUGAUGAUGACCUCCACCGUUCUGAUGAAGUAUAUGCAGAUAUUAGUAAGAAGCUGAAAAAGUUUGGCUGCAAUGCGUCAGCUGAAGACUGCUCAAAGCGUAUGGUCUUCCUCGCCAAAAAAUACAAAGAAAUUGAGGAUAUGAGGCUCUUAUGUUCUGGCACAGGAGAUGUGACUAACUGGAUAUAUUAUGAUGCCAUGUCACAAAUUUUUGAAAAAAGUAGGGUAAUGAAACCUCAGAAAUUGCUUGCUGCUGGUACUGCAAGCGUUUCUAAAUCAAGAAAUGAUGAUGAUGAAGAAGAGGAAGAGGAUCAAAACAAUGAUGGUUCCUCUUGUAGAGGAAGAAAGAAGAAAACAAAAAAGAAAACCAACUCUUAUACUUCAGCUCUGCCUAUUCAAUCUUAUAAGGAAAGAAAGUUGCAGCAGGGGAAUGAACUUCGUACAAUACUAGCAAAUUUAGCCGAAAACAUAAUAGCUCAGUCAAAACAAUAAUUAUUCUAUUUUUUAAUAAUUUACUGAAGUAUUACUUUUCUUUUAAUUUUACUGUUUUUUUUUGUGAUCAAACUUGUGAAAUGUUACCUUACCUUAGUCAAUUAGCUCUCUAUGAGUCUCUCGUGAGACACACCUGAGUAGCAUUAAGUGUUAGGAUAAGUUUAAGAAAGAAAGUUCCUCAACAAGACUUUUAUAAGUGCAACAUUGUGAAAAUUUAUUAUUACAUAAUUUUCAAUUUAUCUAUUAAAGAAUUUAAAUAAUUAAGUACAUUUUCCUUAUUAAUCAUCCCACACACUUAUACACACUUUAGAGCUCAAGUCUGUUGCAGAGAUCCCACCUUUUUUGAUCACCCAACA